CUACCAUACUACACAAUGCUGCAACCCAGAAGACAGCCACUUACUACUCAUUGCCAUGAUAACCUAAUAUCCUACUUAUAUUUUUACUGGUUGAUUGGAAUGCGUGUUGCCCAGGUAUAUGACAUAGAUCAUAAAACGUACUUAAUAAAACUUCAGAGAACCGAAGAGAAAUGUGUGUUACUUCUAGAGUCAGGUUGUCGGUUGCAUUCAACUGUAUUUGAAUGGCCUAAGAAUGUUGCACCCUCAGGGUUCAGUAUGAAGAUGCGUAAACAUUUGAGAAACAAGCGCUUGGAGAGCUUGACGCAACUGGGGGUAGACAGAAUAGUGGACCUGCAGUUUGGUUCCGGUGAAGCUGCGUACCACGUGGUACUGGAGCUGUAUGACCGCGGAAACAUAGUGCUCACGGACUGUAACAUGAUGAUACUGAAUAUUCUGCGACCCCACGCUGAGGGUGAGGAGGUCAGAUUUGCGGUUCGAGAAAAGUAUCCAUUGGAUAGAGUGCACCAACGUGAAGGCCCGCCAACCGCAGCAAAGGUGCAUAGUAUACUGUCAGCUGCCAAACCAGGGGACAGUCUCAAGAAGAUUCUUAUGCCCCACCUUGAUUAUGGUCCAGCAGUGAUUGAACAUGCGUUACUCAAGGCAGGAUUCAACGCUGGCUGCAAGCUUGGUAAAGGAUUUGAUUUGGAUAAAGACGCACCAAAACUGUUUGCAGCCCUGACAGAAGCAGACCACUUGUUAGAUCAGGCUUUACAACAAGAAUCAAAAGGUUAUAUCAUACAGAAAAGAGAGAAACGUCCUCUGCCAGAUGGGGGUGAAGAAGACUUUUUUUCAAACCAAGAGUUUCAUCCAGUGGUGUUUGAGCAGCACGCUGGAUUGCCUGUACGGGAAUUUCCCAGCUUCGAUAUGGCUGUUGACGAGUUCUUCUCUACACUUGAGAGCCAGAAGAUUGACAUGAAAGCCUUGCAGCAGGAGCGUGAAGCUAUGAAGAAACUUUCAAACGUGCGCAAAGAUCAUGACCAAAGAUUGAUGGACCUCACACGCACGCAAGAGACGGAUAAGCACAGAGCGGAGCUGAUCUCUAGAAAUCAGCAGCUUGUGGACAAUGCAAUCCUUGCUAUACGCAGUGCGUUGGCCAACCAGCUGCCGUGGACUGACAUUCAGAACCUGAUAAAGGAAGCGCAAGCCAAGGGAGAUCCUGUGGCCUCUAGUAUCGUGGGGCUUAAGCUGGAAAUAAAUCAUAUCACAAUGAAGCUGAGGGAUCCGUAUGCCGAGGAAGAUUCAUCGGACGUGGAGGGGGACGGUGACAAGAUGGAGCUGAAACCGAUGCUGGUGGACAUUGAUCUUGAUCUGACUGCGUUCUCCAAUGCUACCAAAUACUAUGAUAAGAAGAAAAGUGCCGCUAAGAAACAGCAGAAGACACUGGAGUCGCAAGGUAAAGCUCUGAAGUCCGCUGAGAAGAAGACGAAACAGACUCUGAAAGAAGUUCAAGCUAUGACGAACAUCAGCAAAGCGAGAAAAAUCUUCUGGUUUGAAAAAUUUUUCUGGUUUAUCAGUUCUGAGAAUUAUCUAGUGAUUGGCGGGCGGGACCAGCAGCAGAAUGAGCUGAUCGUGAAGCGUUACAUGCGGCCGGGCGACAUUUACGUGCACGCUGAUAUUCAGGGUGCUAGUAGCAUCGUUAUCAAGAACCCCGCAGGGGAACCUGUACCACCGAAAACACUGAAUGAAGCUGGUUCCAUGGCUGUCUCGUACAGUGUUGCCUGGAGCGCGAAAGUUGUGACAAAUGCGUGGUGGGUGGAGAGUAGCCAGGUGUCUAAGACAGCCCCCACUGGAGAGUACCUGACCACAGGCAGCUUCAUGGUCCGGGGCAAGAAGAACUAUCUGCCCCCCUGUCACCUUAUCUUGGGCUUCAGCUUCCUGUUCAAACUAGACGACAGCUCCGUGUUCAGACAUAAAGAUGAGAGGAGAGUCCGGGGAGCGGAGGAUGAUGCGUCUUCUGUAGCCACUAUAAUGGAUGUCAUGUCCAUAACUACAUCAGAACAAGAGGAAGAAAUUGAACUGGUAGACACUGAAGAUGAAGGUGAGGAAAAUGAAGAUAAUUCGGAACUUUCAGAUGUUAAACUGAACGACGAGAAUGAAGAAGGAAAACGCACCAGGAGUAAUGCGAGCUCAGAAAACAAUGAAGAAACGGAGGACGGAAAGGUGGAAUUUCCUGAUACAGAGAUAAAAAUUGAACACGUCAGAGGUGAUCAGAUCACGCUACAUGCAACCACGACAAGACUGUUUCAACCACUUGAGCAGUCAUCAGAACCGCAGGUGGUCUUCCUUGGUGACAGUAAACCUAUCAGUAUGAAUCCUUUGCCUUCAAGUCAUCGGAGGAGAACGAGCAUCAACAAAUCACGCGCGAACAGUGUUCAGGAAGGCGAUGACAAGGAAGAAAACGAAGUGCAAGCAAAACAGCAGCAGCACUUGAAACGUGGUCAGAGGGGGAAACUGAAGAAGAUAAAAGAGAAAUACAAAUAUCAAGAUGAGGAAGAAAGGAAGCUAAGGAUGGAAAUUCUACAGUCUGCAGGUACUGGAAAGGACAACAAGAAGGGGAAGAAAUGUAAGGUUGCAAGUGGCAAGGAUUCGGCUAAAGUAGAAAAGAAGAUGAACGCUCCACAGGUACCAAGAGCGGCUCCGCCUCAGAAAACCGGGGCAGAUGGAGAGGAGUCGGACGGGGCGGAAGUAGUUGAGGAGGUGACGGUAACUGCUGAUGUUGACAUGCUGGACUCACUGACGGGAUUGCCAGUACCCGAAGAUGAGCUACUAUUUGCUAUACCUGUGGUGGCACCUUACAACACCCUCCUAAAUUAUAAGUUUAAAGUGAAGUUGACUCCAGGCUCAGGCAAGAGGGGAAAGGCUGCAAAGACAGCAAUAAACAUGUUCCUGAAGGAGCGCACCACAACGGCGAGAGAAAAGGAUCUCAUACGAAGCGUGAAAGACGAAAACCUGGCUAGGAACCUACCGGGAAAAGUGAAGUUAUCUGCUCCCCAACUGCAGAAGUUGUACAAGAAAUGAAAUUUUGUGCCCAGAGCAGGUGGUGGUCUGAAGGGGGCCAAUUCUGGACUGUACGGUGGUUGCGGGAGCACUUCCCAUCAGAAUUUUGCAGUUGCAUCCGAUGUCAGAUGUGCGAUAUGAGGGCGUGCUUUUUUGUGUUGACUGACGACAGUGCUUUUCAUGGGCGAUAGGAGUAUAAUGACUAGCUACAGGCUGAAUGACUGGGGUUUGAUCCCCAAUGGGGACAUAGGAUUUUUCCUCUAGACUCUACAUCCACGCCAGCUCUGGGGCCCACCCAGCCUCCUAUCCGAUGGGUCUGUGGGUAAAGCACGGACAGGGCGUGAUGCUGACCACUCACCCCCAUCUUGUGCCGAGGUCAAGAAAGAGGAGGAGCUAUACCUCCACUCCCCGCCCAAAUGACCUACAUGGCAUGUAGCGGGAUGGCUUUAAUCUUUUUUUAGUUGUCAAGAAGUGUCUUUGCUGUGUUCACAUGAGCUUACUAUUGGAUCUUAUCCGAAGUCACGUGAAUCAAAUCCACGUCUCCGAGAUCUGUUUUAUUAUUAUCCUCCCAUCUACACCAAGACCUCCCAAGUUGACUUCUCCCGUCAUGUUUUGUAACUAAAAUUUUGUAUGUAUUUUUCAUCUCUCCUGUGUAUGUUACAUGUCCUGACCAUCUUAUAAUCCUUGAUAUGAUUAUCCUAAUAAUAACUGAUGAACAGUA